AUGGCGGACAGUUCGUCAAAUCGGACGUCUUCUGCAAAUGGCUCUAAUAAAAAAGACAUUUUCGUCAAGGAGGAACUGAAAAUUGCCGUUAAAUUAUCUCUGGACAAAUUUAGAUAUGACGAGGAUAGGAAAGAAAUGGAGUUCCCAUCUUCAUUCACUUCAACAGAGAGAGCAUACAUUCACAGAUUGUGUCAGGGCUAUGGACUCAUAACCAAAAGCAAAGGAUGUGGUAGUAAUCGUCAUUUGACUGUGCGCAAGUCAUAUGGUGAACAGACAACUUCAAUCAGUGGUAUUCACUUGUUGCAAUCAUCUUAUCAACAAAUUGAACAGCUUUUGCAAAGAUUUCCAAUCACCAAUAAGGAAAGGCAAGACCUCACUCCCAAGGUUGAGAAAUCAACAAUUCCUGGAAAUGAAGCAAGUAAAUCACCAAGAGAUAAUCACAAAUUCAAUGGAAGAAUAAACACAGGCCCACCUUUGAUCCCUCCUAGUCAUCAGACCAAUGACUUCACAGAAUUUCGUCAAAAUUUGCCGAUAGCAGAAUUAAAGGAUAAAAUUUUAAAUGGUAUUGACAGCAACCAGGUUCUUAUAAUAUCAGGGGAAACUGGCUCAGGAAAGACAACACAGGUGCCCCAAUACAUAAUAGAGAGCUGUUGUUCCACCUCCAAACCAUGUCGCAUUAUAUGCACACAGCCACGAAGGAUAUCAGCUAUCUCAGUUGCCGAACGUGUGGCAGCUGAGAGGGGUGAAAGAUGUGGCCAGACUGUUGGUUAUCAGAUUAGACUAGACAGCAGGACGUCUCCAAAGACUGUCCUUACCUACUGCACAAAUGGUAUUUUACUUCGAACCCUGAUAUCCGGAGAUGGAAACUUAUCAUCGGUUACACACGUUAUUGUGGACGAGAUUCAUGAACGAGAUCGUUUCAGCGACUUUUUGUUAAUAUCACUUCGUGAUCUGUUAUCAACUGAUCGAAAUAUCAAGAUUAUCCUAAUGAGUGCAGCAAUUGAUAUUAAAUUAUUCACCAGCUAUUUUAAUGGUUGUCCUGUCAUUAAUGUUCCUGGUCGUUGUUUUGAUGUAAACACGUUCUUUCUCGAAGAUGUUCUGAAGUUCACUGGAUACCAAAACAAAAGAAUGUCAAUAUUAAGACAAAACAGUAGUUCUGAAGAACGAAAGACUCCCGAGAAAGAAAAACGGGUCAGAAUUCAGGAACCCGAGGCAAAGAUCUUACUUGACGCCCAGGAGAAAGAAAAUAUUAGACAUAAUGAGGACGAUAACAAGAACCACGACUGUGAUGGUAGUGAUCAUGAUGUUGAAGAUGAUGUUAGUCUUGAAGAAUUGGAAAUAAAGGAUAACUUGGAAGAAGAGGAGGGUUGUAAUUUUCAAGAGCCAGAUAAUGAGGUACUUGAUGUUACACAAGAAAUGGACGCUGCGAUCUCUGAUGCAUUCUUGAAUGGAAGUGAGGACUCGUAUGCUCAGAUUCUACACUUAAUUAUGAACGAAGGAAUUGAUGUGGAUUACCGCCAUUCGGAGACCAAGGCGACCUCAUUGAUGGUUUGUGCUGGUCGUGGUUCACUUGAUAUGGUUGAACAACUGUUGAACUUAGGAGCUAAUCCCUGCACGACAGAACCUAACAAUUCUUGGAAUGCUUCUCUCUGGGCAAGGAAUUGGAAUCAUGAGGAAGUUGCUCAAUUCAUUCAGUCAUAUGUAUCUCAGCGGGCAAAUCAAGUUGACGAUGCUGUUCUUGAAGAACAAUCAGAACAACUAAACAAUGAGAGUAAAGAACUGUUGAGUCUUUACCAUAAGACAUUUAACGAUGACAAGAUUGAUUUAUCUUUGAUAUUUAACCUUCUCAAGUACAUAUGCGGCUCUGGUACAAGUGGCGCAGUUCUGGUGUUUUUGUCUGGAUAUGAUGAUAUUAUUACCCUCAGGGACCAACUAACUUCAUCCAAAGAAUUUGGGAACACAAAGUUGUUUCACAUAUGCUGUCUACACUCAUCAAUGCAGCCUUCGGAGCAAAGAAAAGCAUUUCGAAAAAUGUCAGAAGGCACAAGGAAAAUUAUAUUAGCAACGAACAUCGCUGAAACAAGUGUGACAAUUGAUGAUGUGGUUUAUGUGAUAGACAGUGCCAAGGUCAAGGAGAAAUCAUUCGACGCCCUCUCCUCAGUCUCGUCACUGGAAACGGUGUGGAUCUCAAAAGCAAGUGCUUUGCAACGUCGUGGAAGGGCUGGUCGCUGUUCCCCUGGUGUGUGUUAUCAUCUCUGUAGCCGCGUCAGAUAUAACAGCUUUCAAGAUUUUCAAAUUCCAGAACUACUACGUUUUCCAUUGCAGGAAUUAUGUCUUCACACUAAGCGUCUUGCUGGUCCCAGUAGCUCGAUUGCGGAAUUCCUUUCCCGCGCCCCUGAACCUCCGCCUUAUCUCGUGUUACGUAAUGCAGUGGAUACCUUGAAAAAAAUGGACGCAUUGGAUCAAUGGGAAGAGCUGACUGAUUUAGGUCGACUUCUAGCUGAAUUUCCUGUUGAGCCUCGUCUUGGAAAGAUGAUCUUAUUCUCGGUUGUUUUAAAAUGUGUGGAUCCUGUUGUUGUCGUGUCGUGUGCUAUGGCGUAUAAAGACCCAUUCAUCUUGCCAGUCGAUUCAGUCGACAAGCGAUCGUUAGCUGCAUUAAAGAAACGUCUAGCUGGGCAGUCCUACAGUGAUCAACUGGUCGUUCUCAAGAUAUUUAGAGGUUGGCAGAAAGCUCAUACUGAGGGUUGGGAUAAAAAUUACUGCAAGAAAAAUUUCUUGGCUCCAGGCACGAUGGAGAUGAUGGCUGGAAUGAGAUCUCUUAUACUUGGUCAACUCAAAUCAAUGGGUUUUAUAAGACAACGUGGAUCCAGUGAUAUGAGAGAUCUUAACACAAACUCCGGAAACUGGGCAAUAGUAAAGGCAGCCCUGUGUGCUGGACUGUAUCCUAAUCUUGUGUACGUCGACAAAAAAACAAAUAAACUUGCAACUACAAAAGAAAAGAAAAUUCGUUUACAUCAUUCAACAACAUUAAUGUCUAUGGCGGAAAGUAAGAUAUCUUUGACAAAAGCUCAUGCUGACGCUGUUGAAAAAUUGCCGUCCGAAUGGUUGUUUUAUGAGGAAAUGACAAGGGCAGCCUAUUUCGUCCACGUGAAAUCAUGUUCUGUUGUGUCCCCGCUAACUGUCGCAUUAUUUUCUGGUCCCUGUUUAUCUUCGGACAAGAUCGACAGUCGGCCCGAGGCCAGUCGCAGUAAUCGCGCGGUCACUUAUGAAGGCGUUCUUAGCGAGAGCAGUGACAGUGAGAGCGAAGGUCCUGGAAAUGAGGAAUCUAUGAAAAACACGGUGUUGAUGAAAAUACACGACUUCGUGCAGUUUUCUGAGAAACCUGAGCUCGUUCUACUGGUACAAUAUUUACGCCACAAACUUCAAGCUCUCAUUGUACGAAGACUCAGAUCGCCCUCGCGUCCCUUGUCACAAGUCGAUGAGACGGUACUGCGAACAAUUGUGAAUGUUUUAACAAUACAAGAAGAGGCUUUGGGAAUAAAUCAGCAGUUUCAGAAAACGCAGAGAACUUGGAAAUCAGGGAAUGUCGUUGGGAGGAUAGACAGUAAGGCAGAUGAAAUUGAUUUUGGCGGGAGAAAUGAAAGUCGAGGGAGGGGAAGAAAUAUCAGUAACAAUACAAGCAAAGAGAAACGACGGCGAGAACCAGCACGGAGUUUAAAUUUCGAAGCACCUUCUAAACCACAGGAUGAAUCGGGUCAGAAAAAGGAAUCACAGUACAGAUAUGACGUGCGGUAUUUUAUAAUGAAGUGUAACAAUCAAAGGAAUGUUGAUAUUGCAAUGUCAAAGGGUAUCUGGGCGACUACACAAGCCAAUGAAAAGAAACUCAAUAAGGCUUUCAAGGAAAGUAGAAAAGUCAUUUUGAUAUUUUCUGUUCAAGGCAGUGGCCAUUUUCAAGGCUACGCGCACAUGACGUCACUCAUAAGUCGCGAAAAAUGUCGUGAAUUUGGCUCCAAUCUUCUCACGGGCUCAUUUACAAUCACCUGGCUAAAGUGUGAUAAUAUUCCCUUCCAACAUGUUCAUCAUCUUCUGAACCCAUGGAACGACAACAAGAAAGUUCAAAUAAGUCGUGAUGGUCAGGAACUGGAGCCGAACGUUGGAGAAGCACUGUGUAAGGCGUGGUCCACAGUUGAAUCCAAUAAACCCCACAUGUCUCGAUAUACCCAACCUUCCAAACAACCAUCAGAACAGUCCCAGGUCCAACCCCCAUCCCAAUGGCAUAGCAUACCAACGUCAGGUGUACCCGUAACCCAAUAUCCACAUUCGGCUCAGGCUCCCAUACUCUUCGCAGCCCACCCAGCUUCAAUGCCUAUUCCCGUUCCAAUCCCCGCGCAUGGACACGGUCCAACUAUGAUGAUUCCACAGCAGGCAUAUCCUCAACCUCACAUGCAGGCGACUCUCACCUACUCUGCCCAGCCAAUCGCAAUGCAGCCCAGCGCAGGGUACCCUUCCAAUCCGCCAAUGGCUGUCGAGCCCCAACCUGCGCAUAUGGGAGUUAUGCAGGUUAUUGGGCCUGAAGAUUAUAUGCAGAGUAUGCAACCGAAUUAAAAAGCAGAAUAAAGAAAAAUUAUCAUAUAGGAAUGUUCAUAAUAAAAGCUGGGAAGAUGAACAUAAAUCUGUAGUAGCAAAUAUGCUAGCCAAAAGUUAGAUAAUUUAAAUGCAGUCUGCCGCAUUUACUACUGCUUACAAAGUAAACUUUCCCUAUAAUUACGUGACAACUUAUUGUCGGUUAUCCAGCUUUUGUUUUCAGGCGAGGUGCGGAGAAUCUUUGAAAGAUAAUUUGACCUUUCUCAGUUGACGUUUCUUAGUUUAUUCUUCAGAGCUUUAUCGUCGUUGUUUCUUGUUGUUAGUCCUUGUUCGAGCCUUGUUGUGUUUAAGUUUCUGCGUUUGUUGUUGUGUUUAAGCUUUGCAAUUGUCGAGUUCAAGAGGAUUUAGAGGACUUUGUACACGUGAUCAACCAUAGCGCGGGAUGGUCUAUGGACUUUGAGAUUGUGAUUGCAUCUGCAAAUGCAGAUAUAUUUUCCUUUUGACAUUUCAAUCAAAGAAAUGUCUUUUCUUUAAAGUUGUAUAGAGCUUUAAAAGUCCUUGAAUUUAGAGUGAAAUGACGCGUAAAUAACGAGUGAAACGUAAAUGACAGUAAAGAUGUAUUUGUAGUAGGUGGCGGAACAUGUAGUUGCCAUGUAUAGUUUUGGGGGUUAAAUUUUUCACAAUGUUCCGAGUAUGGUCUUCUAAUAUAACCUUCAGUCUCCUUGCCAACAGUAAGGUCUAUUUAUUUAUGUCGCUAAGGACUUGUUGGUCGCUUUGCAACAGUUGUCAAUGCUGUAUGUAUGUUGUAACGACGUUUUUGAAUAAAGACAAUA